UUCGUCUCGACGGCCUCUGUCUCCCAUCUCGUCACUCAAUCCCCCAGAUGGCGAUAGCCUAGUCACGGCAACACACACACAAACAUACAAACACACUGAUACAUACCCUCACUCAUCCAUCCGUCCAUCCACCACCGCCUUUCCACCCCUAAAAUCCGCCCAAUUCUAAAUUCUCAUCCCAGUACUAUCUCCGAAGCAGACGUUCGUGAUGUGCUACUACCUGGAGCUAAUCUACCUCUGCGGCCACCGGCAGAUCGUGGUAGGCAAGCUCUGCCUGAAGGUGUGUUUCAUGCUGGACAUCGACCCGACCGCUACGCCGCCGCCGGCCUGGGUCACGGCGGACCUGCUCGAGGGGAUGGACGUGGCGGAGGGGUGCCGCGCGCGCCACCCCAACGUCUACCCGGCCAUGGCCUUGAACUACUGCAGCGAGGCCUGCCACGACCGCCUCGACGAAGCCCACCACCGCGGCGCCGGCCACACCAGGAGCUACAGCGCGCCCGUGCCGGCGGUGCCCUGGGACGGCGACGGCGACAGCCCCGUUGCCGGGCCACGCCGCGAGCCCAGCGCUAGCAACCGCUCCCAGAGCAACAACAACAACCCCAGCGCCGCCGCCGACAACACCACCCCCGCGCAGGCCCCCGGCAGCGACCAGGAAACCCUUAUCCCCAGCCUGCAAGCUUUAUCCGUCGGCGGCAGCGCCGGACAUAUCCACGGACCCGUGACGCCCCCGGCCAGCCGCGCCGGCACCCCUCCCGCCGCGCUCGGCGCGCUCGCGGGCGGGCCCAACGAAGCCUUCUACAACGCGCGGGCGCGGCCGUCCGCCGUGCGCAGCGAGCUGGUCGCGGCGCGCCGCGCGAGCAGCAGCACGCGGCGGCGGCGCGGCGGGCGGCCGCACCUAGCGCACGCGCCGAGCGCCGGCGCGCUGCGGUACUCGGGCGCCGACGGCUCCGGCGCGGCCUCGACGCCGCCGACGCUCGUCCGCUGCGGCCGCGCCGGCCGCGCCCGCAUCUACCGCGUGCCCGCCCCGCGCUGGGACGUCGAGGCGCUCGCCGCCGCCGCCGCCGCCGCCGCGCCCGAGCGGCGGCGGCAGGCCCCGCGCGCCGCGAUGCAGCGGUUCGCGCUCGCCCGCGCCGCGGCCAGCAUCCAGGGCGAUUGGAUGCGGGACGGCGAGGUGUUCGACUGAGCCGGAGGCGUGCGAGCUACGUAGGCAAUUCUGGUCUUGGGGGAGAGGGUGUGAUGGAAGGGGGAGGGGGAGGGGUUCUGAUCGAACUGCGCGGUUAACUUGGUCGAUUUUGAUGUCUGGAACGCGCAGAGCUUGGUUUGGUUGCCGAAGACGC